CCCAACACAUACAUUCUCACUGCAUGCCCUAGUCCUUGUUCCUCUCUCUCUCUCUCUCUCUCUCUCUCAUGGCUGAUCAGAACCAGAACCCACAAUGGUUUCAGCCCAAGGGUCGGCCAGUGGGCGGCACCGAGCAUAGUUGGUGCAGAGCUGUGUCAGGUGGCACUGGCAUUACAGUUUUGGCACUCCAAUUCACAAAACCCCCAAACACCUCACUUCUCCAAAAUGCCCUCCACAAACUCCAGAAUUCCCACCCAAUCCUCCUGUCCAAGCUCUUCCACAGCACCACCACCAACACAUUCUCAUUCACCACCCCCACCCCCACCACCACCCCUCCCAUCCAAAUCAAAUCAUUUAAUCUCUCAUCCACCACCCAUCUCCUCCGCAACGUAUCCACCACUACCUCUUUCUCGCCCCUCCACAUAAUCCUCGAACACGAACUCAACAACAACGUUUGGUCCAAUAACCCUAGCAACUUAUCAUGCACCGGCAUUGACUUGUUCUUUGCUAGCUUAUACGAGCUUCCAGAUGCAAAAUGGGUUGUCGUGCUUAGGCUUCACACGGUGGUAUGUGACUUAACCACCGCGGUGGGGUUGCUGAGAGAGCUGAAGGGGUUGAUGAUGGAGGGAGAGGGUGGAGGAGGGACACAGAUGGAAAUGGUGAGUGGAGGGGAGGUUAGUUUGGGAAUUGAAGAUCUUAUUCCUAGUGGGAAGGCUAAGAAGCCUAUUUGGGCACAUGGGUUGGACAUGUUGAGUUACUCACUCAAUUCACUCAGGUCUACAAAUUUGAAGUUUGAAGAUGUUAAGGGAGCUAGGUGUUCUAAGGUGGUGAGACUACAGUUGACCGCACGUGAAACUGAUCAGAUACUCAAUGGUUGUAAAUCAAGAGGGAUGAAGCUAUGCGGUGUGUUAGUAGCUGCGGGAUUAAUGGCAGCUCAUUCUUCUAAUAACACCCAAAAUAACAAGAAGAAGAAGAAGAAAUAUGCUGUGGUGACCCUCACCGAUUGCCGUUCACUUCUUGAGCCUCCCCUUUCAACUCUCCAUUUCGGAUUUUACCAUUCCGCCAUCCUAAACAUGCACGUUGUAAACGGAGGAGAAAGCCUAUGGGACUUGGCAAGCAAGAGUUACACGGAUUUUGCAAAUUCUAAGAAACACAACAAGCAUUUCUCAGACAUGGCUGACACGAACUUCCUCAUGUGCAAGGUCAUCGAAAACCCUAGCCUGACCUCUGCAUCAUCACUUAGAACAUCCCUAAUCUCGGUGUUCGAGGACCCUGUGAUCAAUCAAUUUGAUGAAGCAAAAGACCAAGAGAUUGAGCUAGAGGACUACAUGGGGUGCUCUUCAAUUCAUAGUGUAGGUCCAUCCAUCGCCAUAUUUGACACGAUACGGGGUGGAAGAUUGGACUGCGUGUGUGUGUAUCCAUCACCGCUGCAUUCGAGGGAACAGAUGCAAGAUCUAGUUGACCGUAUGAAGAGGAUUCUUGUUGAUAGUAGCGAUUCAUCUGUGGAGGCUAUUGAGAUCUAGGUAUUCUUUAUGAGGUGGUUGUGGUUGUGGUUGUGGAUGCCCUUGUUAUGGCUGGGCUAGCUAUUAAACUCAACCUAAUUGUCAUCUUUAUAUCUUGCAUAAUAAUGCUCUUCUUGCACACACACACAUAUUCAAACUAUAGGAUAUGUAUGUCUGUGAGUUAUUGACACUACAAGAAGAAUGACAUUCAGCGAUGUUUUAAAAACACCGCCAAAGCAAUAAAAAAUGCCGUUAAAAAUUUUAGUUACGUUUGUAUGGAACGCCGAUGACGCGGCUGUCGUCUUAAGUUUAGUGAUGUUUAUAAACACCACCUAUACUUUUUUGUGAUAUUUUAAAUAAAUGCUAUCUUACAA